AUGUUUGAUUCAUAUGAAAAGAUUACAGCAGAUUUAGGCCACUUUAAUUUCUCCGAUAACAAUCUAAUGAUUAAAUACGAAGAAAAUGGCGAAAUCAAAAGUUAUCGUGGAAAAUAUUUUACAUACACCUUUGAACCAGACGCCAAUUGCGAAUUCAAUGGAUUCACAGAGGCAAUAUUCUAUGGAGAGAUCACAGCAAAUAAUGGCUUUGAGAAGAAGAAAGUAAUACCAGCGACACAUUCAUAUGUCGCUUGCUAUGAUUGUGACAAAGCAUUACUCACAAAAUAUGGCUUGUAUUAUAACGGAAGAGGUCUCAAACUAAAGAAUGGAGCCAGAGCUGAUAUCAAAACCCACAUGUCAUCAAAUUCAGAAGGAUUUGUAAUUGUUGGAGACAAAUCUCCUACAAAUGGUGGAAAAUUCGAGCUUAGUAUCAAUGGCGUAAAUUAUGGCAUUGUUGAUACCCAUCUGAUAACACCUUAUGAUGAAUCUCAGAUUUUAGGAUCAACACUUUAUCAGACACCAUUGUUCAGCUACACUCAUCUAUUCGACAAAUUGAUUCAAGAAGAGGGAUGGAUACAAGAAAAGAAUUUCACAAUUUCGAUGAAGUGUGUUGAUGAGCCAGUUACAAUUGCAGGAUUUGUUGGUGAUUUUCAAAUUCUCCCGGUUGAUGAUUUCGAUUAUAGCGCUCAUAAAAUACCAUAUGAUCCAUUAUUUGAUGAAAAUAUCCUUCCUGUGAGCAAUUUCACUUCAGAAAAUAUUGAUGAUGAUCCUGAUGUCGAUUUUGCACCAACUGUAAAUUCAACAUUUGAAGAAAUCCUCCAUACAUGCAACGAAACUGACAACUUAACAACAUGUAACGAAACAGUUAAUCCUAAUCCAGAAGAACCCUCAGAAGAAGAGAACCCACCAAUUGUUGUAUCUCCUUCUGAAUCAUCUUCUUCAUCAUCUUCCACAGAAAGUGAAACAACUUCUUCAUCUUCAUCAACUGAAAGUGAAACAACUUCUUCAUCAUCUUCUUCCACAGAAAGUGAAACAACAUCUAGUUCAUCAUCAACAGAGAGUGAAACAACAUCUAGUUCAUCAUCAACAGAGAGUGAAACAACAUCUAGUUCAUCAUCAACAGAGAGUGAAACAACAUCUAGUUCAUCAUCAACAGAGAGUGAAACAACAUCUAGUUCAUCAUCAACAGAGAGUGAAACAACAUCAUCUUCUUCCACAGAGAGUGAAACAACAUCAUCUUCUUCCACAGAGAGUGAAACAACAUCUAGUUCAUCAUCAACAGAGAGUGAAACAACAUCUAGUUCAUCAUCAACAGAGAGUGAAACAACAUCAUCUUCUUCCACAGAGAGUGAAACAACAUCUAGUUCAUCAUCAACAGAGAGUGAAACAACAUCUAGUUCAUCAUCAACAGAGAGUGAAACAACAUCUAGUUCAUCAUCAACAGAGAGUGAAACAACAUCAUCUUCUUCCACAGAGAGUGAAACAACAUCAUCUUCUUCCACAGAGAGUGAAACAACAUCUAGUUCAUCAUCAACAGAGAGUGAAACAACAUCUAGUUCAUCAUCAACAGAGAGUGAAACAACAUCUAGUUCAUCAUCAACAGAGAGUGAAACAACAUCAUCUUCUUCCACAGAGAGUGAAACAACAUCUAGUUCAUCAUCAACAGAGAGUGAAACAACAUCUAGUUCAUCAUCAACAGAGAGUGAAACAACAUCUAGUUCAUCAUCAACAGAGAGUGAAACAACAUCUAGUUCAUCAUCAACAGAGAGUGAAACAACAUCUAGUUCAUCAUCAACAGAGAGUGAAACAACAUCUAGUUCAUCAUCAACAGAGAGUGAAACAACAUCUAGUUCAUCAUCAACAGAGAGUGAAACAACAUCAUCUUCUUCCAUAGAAAGUGAAACAACAUCAAGCGAAACUCCAGUUAUCAAUCAAAAUCCUCCACCACAGCGCACUGAUGAACCGAAAAUUGAAAGUUCAGGUCAACUUCCAAUUGCUGAAGAUAAUGCUCCAUCAUACACAAUUUCGUCGGAUUCAGCGGACUCAGCUACUCUUUCCAAAGGAGCACUAAUAGGGGUAGUAGCAGGAGGAGUUGUUGGCUUCAUUGUAAUUGCUGUUCUAAUUGCAGUUAUUGUUCUUCAUUUCAUCAAGCGAAAACCCCAAGCAACUGCUGAAGCUGAAGAGCUUGUUGAUGAUAAUGACUUUUCUUUAGAUAUAUAA